AUGCCGAGUGUGUUGUGCCGGAUAUCGAGGGAUUGGAGAAUUUCGGUGGUGAAGUCAUCCAUGCUUGUGAAUACAAGUCCGGGGAAAAAUUCGAGGGACAAAAAAGUACUUGUCGUCGGCUGCGGUAACUCCGGCAUGGAACUUUCUCUUGAUCUUUGUACCCAGGAUGCUUCACCAUCAAUGGUGGUUCGCAGCUCGGUUCAUGUAUUGCCAAGAGAAGUAUUCGGGAAAUCGACAUUCGAAAUCACUGUUCCGAUGAUGAAAUGGCUGCCCCUUUGGCUCGUUGACAAACUGAUGUUGAUUUUGUCUUGGUUGGUGCUUGGAAACGUUGAGAGAUACGGGCUUAAACGCCCAUCAAUGGGACCACUAGAGCUCAAGAACAUAAAAGGGAAGACCCCUGUAUUGGACAUUGGUGCAUUGGAGAAAAUCAAAUCAGCUGACAUCAAAGUUGUUCCCGGAAUAAAGCGGUUCACGUAUAAACAAGUCGAGCUCGUUAACGGCGAGAGGCUCGACAUCGACUCGGUCGUAUUGGCGACCGGAUACCAAAGCAAUGUUCCUUCAUGGCUGCAGGAAGGUGACUUCUUUUGCAAGAAAGGGUUCCCAAAGGCACCAUUCCCACAUGGGUGGAAAGGGAAUGGUGGAUUAUAUGCAGUUGGGUUCACAAGGAGAGGGCUCUCUGGUGCUGCCUCGGAUGCCGUUAGGAUUGCACAAGAUAUUGGGAAGCUAUGGAAAGAUGAAACUAAGCAACACAAAAAGAUUUCCAUUGCUUGCCAAAGAAGAUUCAUGUCACAGUUCUAAACUCCCAAUCCUCAGUGCAAAAAGAAUAAAAAUAAAAAUAAAAAAAUCUAAAAAACCCUAAACAAAACAGGUAGCACAGGCUGACAGAGCCCUCUCCAAAGGCACAAGUUUGAUCCCUUUGGGCAUUUUGUACACUGAGGAUGAUGAGGCUUUCGAUUUUCUUUUUUCUUUUUGUAAAAUUAUAGUUUAUUAACAAAGUUAAAUGAUAUAGUUUCUUUCAU